AUGAGAGCCCAGAGCCUCCUCCUCCUGGUGGCCCUCCUGGGUUUGGGGAGCCAGUUACCUGCUGCCUUGGGCAGGAGGAAGGGAGAGAAGUCUGGGGGCUGCCCACCGGAUGACGGGCCCUGCCUCCUCCGGGUGCCUGAUCAGUGUCUGCAAGACAGCCAGUGUCCCUCAGGGAUGAAGUGCUGUCGCCAAGGGUGCUUCCUCCAGUGUGUCCGGAAGGUCUCAGUUAAGAUGGGCAGAUGCCCUGAGGACCGUCUGCGCUGCGUUAGCCCCGUGCAGCACCUGUGCUCCAAGGACUCGGACUGCCAGGGCCGCAAGCGGUGCUGCCUGGGCGCCUGCGGCCGGGACUGCAGAAACCCUGUCUGA